AUGCCACAGCUGUUCCCGCUCGCCGCCUGUAAGACGCAAUCACAAGAAACUCUGCUUGCUGGAUCCACCAACCGUAGUUCUUGUGUGGUUAGCGAGGAUGGAUUCUUGAUAAUAAGUACUGAAGAAGGAGUAAAAAUUUAUGAAUUCGACGAUCAGUUGAAGCUGCGUUUCCUUGCUCUGGAUGGCCGUUAUCACAGCACUUACGGAUGGACUCAGCGGGAUCAAAUUUUGCAGCUUGGAUUCUUCUACCAUGAUGCAGCAAAGAUUGGAAUUUUUGGACGUGAUAGUUCCGGAAAUAUUACAUUUGAGGCAGUCAUCAAAAAUGAAGCACGGCUCGGUUCUCAACAGCCGAUUUGGAGAAUGACUACGGAUCCUGGAAUAGAUUCAAGUUGGACAAAAAACGGCAGCGAUAUAUAUCUUGCCAAUGUUGAUAAUACAAAGCAACAGGCAUUCGUAGUUCGUGACCAGAAUGGACUCGGAAUAUAUAAAUUCAACGAAAAACACAUUAUUCGAAAGUUGCUGUUUACUGAAGCCAUUGCAUUCAGUGGUGCCGAAAAUGAUCGUGUCUGGUUUGGGCGGCUUUCAGCGAGAUCGAGUGGUCUGCUUGACCUUAUUCAUAUAAACAGUACUGGUUUAUUUGGAUACAAAUAUAACGAAGCUCGACAAGAUUAUGUUCCAGAAAUUUACAUUCCACAAUUCGCGUUCAGAUUAGGAUGGGGCAGCCGUUAUAUGGAUUCGGUACUUCUACACGAUUUCAACAAGGAUGGAAAAGACGAGUUAAUGUAUAGUGAUCCUUCGGGCUUAAGCGUUUUGAAAAUAUCUUUAGACAAUGGUUCAGUAGAAAAAGUACUCUUAGACAGAGAUCUACCGGUUUUUGAUAGGCAUGCGAAGUCAGUGACUAUUGCAAAAUUCCUAACAAGCGACAAAAUAGUUCUUGUCAGUGCCCGUAAUGCAACAACUUAUGACUUACAGCGCACAACAUAUCCUACACCACCUUCCACAAUAGACGUUAAAGAUGCAUUAGAGAUAGUUCAUCCAAUCCCUUUAGUUCCAUCGAUUGAUUCUUUCUUAUCGGUCAAAUACAUUCAUGAUCAAUUGAUUUUGAGUGAAAUCUUACAUCCCCGUAAUCCAUUGCUUGGAGUGCUCGAUUUCUCUGUUCCAGUUGUGAAUGUACCAAACGCAUUUGGAAUUCCAAUAACACAUUCGAUUCGAUACAAAGAAUACGGUGCAGUUGACAUUUUUGGCUCUGGCUGGUCGAUCAACGUUGAUUGUAUUUAUGUCGACUAUGCACAAAGCAUUUUCCCGAUCGAUCACGAAUAUUACCUUGUUAAAGAUGGUGUUCAAUCACAUUUGCGCCCUAAGUCUAAGCACAAUGGCAGUGAAACAAUUUUUUUCACUUUGGAAGGCUCACCAGAUGUUGAAGUUCAGUAUUUAAAAUCACAAAAGCUGUGGGAAGUAAGAACUAAAAAAGAGCUUUUAAGUUUUGGCUCUUUGAACAACUUUGAUUGCAUACAAUAUGAAACGAAUUCGUACGAUGAAAUCAAACCGGUUGUUUGGUUAUUAUCAGAAAAACGAGACAAUCAUCAUAACUUUCUUAACUAUAUUUACGAUCAACAAUAUGGGAAAUUACAAAAUAAUAGGACUUACGUGAAAGAUUUGAAUUUAUUAAGAAUCACUAGCAAUAAUGGAGACUCAGUAUCUUUCAAUUAUACAAGUCAAAACAAUACAAGAUUAGUGACAAGUAUAAAAAUACUAACAAGUGACUUUGAACAAAAUCUUACAUUUGAAUAUGAUUCAACAAAAGCCGCUACUUUUCUGACAGGAAUUUAUCAAAUGGGCAUACCGGUGCUGCAGUUUAAGUACGAAGGAGCAAAAUCGGAAAUGACAGAAAUUAAAUAUCCCAAUGGGCUGAUUUCUAAAUUCUCAUACAAUUUUUUAUCGUUCCCGCAAGCAUUGAAACCUUACAAAUAUAAGUUUGCUUCCGAUGCUCAGGUAGUGUACGGUUUUAGUUACAUGAUUAUUGGUGGAAAAACAGAAGCAAACCAAGUCCAGAUCAUUGCACUAGAUGUUGUAGGUUCUAAAACGAAUCAAAUAUCAAGUUUAUACUUUCCGCUUCUGGGUAAGGAACCGGUGGAAAGCUUUCAAAUACUUACUACAAGGUAUUUUUUCGUUGUGAUACUUUCUCAUAAAAGUCACAAAGAACUUUGUCUUUUCCGCCAAAAAACCGAAGGAUGGUCUUCGGAAGCUUCCUACAUGAAAAUGCCAAAAGAAAGUAUUUUGAUGACGGGGAAGUCUUUCGUUUUGAUCAAACAAUCUAAUAAGCUCGCAGUGCUAAACUUAAUCAGUGACAAAUGGGACAUUAAACCAGUGUUCAAUAAUCUUAGUGCGGCAGCGAUAGUGAAAACUUUUUCGUAUGCUUAUUUAGUUUUUAAUGAUCGAAGAUUGUUCAUAGGAUUUCAAGAUUUCAAUAAUGAUUGGAUAACAAGACAAAUUUCAAUUGAACCCAACUUAUUUGACAACAGUUUGGAUGUUCUACAUAAAUUUGUAUCAGAGAGCGAUACAUUGAAAAAUUUGAAACAAAUCCUUGAAAGGGAUUUUAUCCAUACUCAUCAUAAUGCUGUAGUUAUCAGAGCAUUCGAAUUAAAUGAUCAGAAUAUAAUCUCGGUUUUGUAUUUCUAUCAUUACGAUAAUGAAUUUAACCUUAUACAUCAAGGAAAAGAAAGUGUUAUCAUUGAAAAUUUGGAGACGUAUGUUUUAGAUUUACCACCUGUGGAUAGCAAUAUCUUUAAAAUCGGUUAUACACGCCACGAAGAUAAAUUUAAAGUAACUGUAUUUGGUGUUACCGGUCCAAUCAUGAGCGAAGUGGAGCGACUGAAGCAGAAAGUAGAAGAAGAAAUUCAGAAACAUCCUAAUGCACCAAAAAAAGAAAAAGAUCGUUAUCGUACGGAAGCUCACGAUAAAUUGAAUGAUGAACUACAACAGAUUUACAAAAACGUUACGGCCAGUAUCCCACUGGCGAUCGAUCCAGCCAAAUUUGCUUUGUUUGUUAACGAAGACCAUGUAAUCGCUGCAUCCAGAAAACUAUAUUUCAAUGGAAAGCAGUGGCAACAGGAGAAGAUUCCUGAUGAAAACAUCAAGGUGUCAAAUAUAAAAUUGAAACUAGGCGAUUCCUUGAUUCUUACUAAACUGAAUAGGAAUGAUACCUUCAAGUUGCGUCAUUCAUCCCAAGAAAAUGAAUUUCUAUGGGACUCUGGUACAAUGUCCGGCAGUGACUUGCUACUUAAUUAUCCAACGUUCAUUGGAGUCCAGAGACCCGAUAGUGUUGGGCAAAUUUAUUUGUUUGGUAACAAUAAGCUGAAUUCAUUAGGAAACGAUGAAUACCUCAGUAGAUUAAGCAAUCAUCUGGCGGUCAUUACAGAAUCCAAGGAUCGUAAAACAGUUUCCGUUAGAUCCUUAAAAUCUUUAUUGGAGUAUCGACAAAAUGUUAUAACGAGUGAAGAACUUGUUUACAGUGAAAAUAAUGUCAAACUUACAAGAUUCGAAUAUGAUUCUAGUAAAGUGAGACCUUAUUCCGAAGGUAUAGCUUUUAUUAAAUCCAAAAUUUUACCAGGAGGGAAUCCAACACGUUUUGGGUGGUUGGAGGAAACUUUUAACCUCACGGAUAGAACAAGAAGCGUAAAAACGGUUCACAACUCUAAAGGAGUUGUAGUAAAGAAUAUCAUUCCGGAUGCUCCAAACGAAGAUCAAGCUUUUGAUAAAGAUAAAUUUUUGAUGGAUCUUCAAGACAGACUCGUAAUAGCUGAUUUCAGGCCUUAUCGGAUAUCUCAAGAAGUAGUGUCGUACUAUGGAUUUGAACCCUACGAAGCCAAUCGAGUUGGUACGGGUAAAAGCUGGAUGUUUGAAAGAGCCUUGAUUAUACAAGAGGAAUCGAAUCAUUUCAUCAGACUUGUAAAGAACACAUCUGUAAAUGGUUCUUUUAAGCCGAAACUGAAGGGUUUGCCUUAUGUAUUUUCGUGUUGGAUUCGAACACCUGAUAAUACUUUGAUUGAGCGGAGUGUGGCUUUAAACAUCUCAAAUAGUGGUAGACUUCUGAAAAAUAUCAUCGGAAAAGUUCAAGCAAACGUGGGUGAUUGGAAAUACGUUGAGGCUACUUUUGAAGGAAUUCAAAGUGAACAAGAUAUUCAACUGGAUGUUAUAAUAAAAAAUUUUAGUAAUCAACACAUAGACGUAGAUCAUGUAAGAGUGUCUCCUUUGAAUUUCGAUUUCAAUGCCAAUAUUUAUGACAAACGAUCUGGAAAGAUAAAAGCUAUUAUGAAAUCUACAGGAUUACUUCAACAAAUUUUACAUGAUCAAUUUGGAAAUGUUAAGGCUCGAAUCUCACAAGGAGGUCUGCUAGAGGUGUUCACAAUGAAAACUCAGGCUAGUGGCGCUCCUCGUAAAAACUUUAUCAUUUCUCGUGUUGAGAUGAAACCAGCGUUUGGGGAAAUUAUAAAACAUGACAGUCAAUCUAGUAACGGAAAAAGUAUCAGACAAAAACUAAAAUACUCUUCUCAGGUAAUAAGUAUUCGAUGCUUAUACAAAUUUUCCGGAGAGGGUAACCAGUUAUUAGGUUUUCAGAAUAUUAUCGCUAAAUUGAACAAAAGUGGAACUCAAACAUUAUUCCGAAUUGGAAAUAACAAACCCGUACCUAUCCCUGCUGAGGGCGAGUUAGCUUUAUUGUACACAAAAUCUCGAAUUGCUGUUUGGGUGCAAGGACAUCUAAUAGCAGAAAUGCGUUGGAGUUCAGAUCCCGAAGUAUGGAAGCAUGUUGAACUGAAAUCUUCAGGAGCAGCUUCCAUUACAGAAGUUUUGUUCAUGUAUGAUCCUGUAGUCAAAGUUUUUUACCUCAACAAACUCGGAUUGGCCAUUCAAGAACUUAUUUUGAGUGAUCAUAACUCCGUAAACAUUCGACAGAUUGUUUAUGACGACAUUGAUCGACCAGUUCUGAAAACAAAAUGGACAAGAAUAACUCCCGAUCGGGAAUAUUUUUUCAAGUAUAACUCAGAGUUGAUUGCAAAUCUGGACAACAUAUUGAACAAUCGGAAAGCUACUGGGCUUGUAAACCAAUUGAAUUCCGACUGUUAUGGCUAUCCCUAUACCUGGAUUUCCUACAACGACACACCAUUGGAAACAAAAUUGGCCAUGGGUUUACCGGGAAAACCAUACUCUGUAGACGGAUCGUUCCACGUCAAAUAUGGGAAUGAUCCGAGUGUAUCAUUGCUGAAAAACUUAUUUCCACAAAAUCAAGGUUUUCAACACAACUUCGAGCUUAAUUCAGGUGGAGCAAUGCAUGUUCAAGUUUUAGACUCCUCAUCGAAUAAGGUGGCUGAAUUCGUUAAAGUACUAGGACAUGAACACCGCUUGACAACUUACGAGUAUGAUUCGCUAAAUAGAUUGGUACGUGUGCUACCCCCCAUGUACCAUGAAACGGCAAACACUUUUUCCCAAACAGAUUCCUUCAAAGUUCAGGUAGCAAAUUCGAGUAACGAGGAACUGAGAAAUUUGUGGGGCAAACAAUACCGAUAUGAUCCUAAGGGUCGGCUUGUUGAAAAAGUAACACCUGAUUCAGGCAGGCAGCAAUUUUUAUAUACUGAAGAAGGUUUGUUAAGAUUCAUCGUAAAUAGUGAUUCAACAGUUGUUUAUCACACCUAUCGUUUCGACGGAAGAAUUGUAGAAAAAGGAAUUUUGAAUCUCCCAUAUCAUCAGUUAAUGGCAAUUUUGGAAAACAAUUCUAAGAUUCCGAAGACUUCAGAAGCUAUUCUCUUUGAUUACGGUGAACACGAAAAGCUUCCUAGUAUCAGACAUCAAGUAAUAAAAUCUCGUAAAAUUUCAAUUGAUGCUGCCGUUACUGAGGUACUUUUGUUCAAUGAUAGAGAACAGUUGCUCAAUCAAAUAUUUGUAGCUGCAAACAGCUCAGUUUCACUAGAUUACGAUUACAAUAACGAUCGUAUAUCUCGUAUAAAUUACCCUAUUCUAGUUUAUGGAAAAACUUUAAAAGUAACUUACGACUAUCAUGCCGAUGGAAAUGUUAAAAAUGUGUACAAGAAUAAUGAUGUACUGGUAUCAAUAAAAUAUACUCCUUCAAACUCUAUAGCUGAACUGGAGUUUGAACCUAAAGGUCACUUUUCCUACAAACGAUCAUUCAGUUACAAUGAACCUGGAUACCUGUCAAAAAUUACAGAUAACUUUCUUAGCGAAGAUGUACAAUACAUAACUGGUAGUUAUGGAGGUGUUUCUUUUGGAGACGGCACUGUUUCUGCAACUACGUUCAACGCUACGUGGCACGAACGUAGUAAUAUUGACUUUGUUAGGCUCAAAACAGAACAUUUUCGUUCAAAUCGAUCCAUUCCCGCCCAUGACACUGAUUGCUUUGAACCCUUGAAAAAGUUGGGUUAUUUAGAUGAGUUUGAUCGUCCUCUCAACUUAUUUUAUCCUCUGCUGGAAUUACAAAUGCCCUUAGGUUGUAAUACGGGAAGCCGUGCUAAUCAAAUUGCUUCAAUUCUUACCUCCAAAGGAUUUCCCAUUGUUUAUGGCCAUCGAUACGAUUACGAAAACCACAAACAAUUGAUCAAAGCAAAGUAUUUUCAGAAUUCCUUGGAAAGUUCUUUGGAACCUUUACAUGAUAAAAUAUUUUCAAACAAAAUUCGCGGCAUAAGUGUUUCUGAAUCGAAAACAAUUUGGAAUACUUUAAAUGCUGCCGGAUUCAUCAUUACCGAUUGUAGCAAUAGGAAGUAUUGCCAAGCACAUCAAGGCAAAUCACUUUUUCACCCAACUGUUUCUAGUCAUAUAAAUGCUGCUUCAUUGGAAAUUCUGUUCAGUAAUGGUAUUCGUGCUCGAAAGGAUAUUCCCGAGAAAAUAUUUCUCAUUGUUUGUAAAGUCUGGCAUCAGUCGGGGUUGAUCAAUCAUAAUGAGAUAUGUCGAUCGAUGUGGAAGGAUUUGAUUUCGCAUAACUUUGUAGGACCCCAAUCUAAUCGAUCAUUGAACACUUUAGAUCCAAUUUUAAAACAAAGUUUAAAAAGUCAUUCGCGUCAUCUAACCGAUAUUGUAACACUCUUACUAGAACAUUUCGCCAAAGCCCUUGGACACUCCGAAGGUGACAUACAAUCCUACGGUAUUGAUAGCAACGGUAAUCAUAUUAAAUUUUAUACGGGUUUCAGGCGCUAUCGUUUAGAAUAUGUUGCAAACAGUAACAGAAUAUCAAAAAUUUAUCUAACCGAUUUGAAAACUGAAGAUUUAAAGGAAAUGGAAUAUACUAUGGAGCACGAUCAAGCAGGAAGUGUUACGAAAGCGACUCAUAAAGGUAUCUUGAAGAUUGAAUAUGAUCGCUUAAUAAACCGUGCCAAACUUAUUCACAUGGUGGAUGGCACUAAGGUGACUUUACGAUAUAACGUUCGCGGUGAAAGAAUAUUCAAGCAGGUUAGAAAUAGUGGAGGCCUUGUAUCUUUGGAAAAAUAUUAUGUUCGAGAUUACAAAGGCAGAUGCUUAAUGGACUAUGAAAUAACAUUUUUGGACAAAGAAAAAUCUUAUGUUCGUGAAACCGCUUAUAUAUUCGCGGGGAACACCAUGCUUGGUUUUAUCCGUAAUGAUCAGUUCUAUAGUGUUUUUACUGAUCAUGAAGGUUCUGUAAGACUCGUAAUUAAAAAUGGUGAGGUUGUUGCUGCUUAUGACUAUCUUCCUUAUGGACAAAUGCUUCGGAAAUUCAACAGUGAUCCCGAAGCUGAUGUAUCGUAUCGCUAUACUGGCCAAGAGUGGGACGAAGAAACUGGUUUAUACAACUUCAAUGCGAGAUUGUAUGACCCGGAUAUUGGGCGGUUCUACCAGGUUGAUCCAAAAGAACAAUAUCCCAGCCCUUACGUGUACGCAGGUAACUCCCCAAUUUCUUUGAUUGAUCCUGAUGGCCAAUUCGCCUUCCUCAUAGUAGUAGCGUUUGCCGUUGGUGGAGCAUAUUUGGGUUCAUCAGCUGCCAACAAUUCCUUCAAUCCGUUCAAGUGGAAAUUGAAACCGACCCUAAUAGGUGGAUUUAUGGGAGGCCUAUUGGGUGGCUUAGCUCCAGCAGGCAUCGGUGCUUCGUUUGCAUUUCUUACCGGAACUGUGGGGUUAACUAGUGUAGCGGCAGGUGGCGUUAUGAUUGGCACUUCAUUAGGUUUUGCCUACCUAAGUGGUGCAUCUGCUAACCAGAACUGGAAUCCACUAGAUUGGAACUGGUCAAGUCCCGGAACAUGGAACUCUUUAUUUUCCGGUAGUUUAACUGGGGCCACAUUAUUUGCUGGUGUUGGAAAAGUUCACCAAAAGUUCAUAGCAAUCAGUGGACUGGAAAACGUAGUGUUUGUAGGUGUUGUGGCAGGGUCAGUAGGAGGUAUUGCACUUUUCACCGGUUCGAUGGAGAACGAUUGGAAUCUUAGUUUUUGGGAGUGGGAUUGGAGUAAGCCACAAACAGUUUGGAAAGUUACUAUGGGUGCUAGCUUCGGUCUAGCAGUCUCGGCUGAUCUGCAUAAAAUUCAUUCACAGGUUGUUAAUAAAGUCAAGGAUUUUAAGGGACUCAUAAAAACUCUAAAGGCUGGAGAAAUCGAAAAUUUCUGGAUAGAAGCUAAUAUCUACUUCAAAGAUUCGAAAGAUUUGAUUAUUGAAAUUAAAGAUACUCUCAGGAGACUAUCCACUGCAGCUGUGAAAUCACCAUCGGGCAUUGCUCAUGUAAUUGUUUCACGGCCCAAAGCAUUUGGAAAAGACACUGCAGUGGGUACGGUGCAAAAUGUGUUGUUUGAGUUGGCGAAAUUUGGGCCUUUGGAAAAUGCUAUAGGUGAAUUGAAAGAACAACUAGAAGACAUAGACAAAUUAAACAGACGCGAAGGGUUCAGAAAAAAACGUGACGUAAAUUGUUGCGAGUUGCAACUUUACAAACCUAAGUUUAAUGAAGUUGAAAACGAUUUGAAAAAUUCAGCCUCUUCUUUAAAGUUUUCAUUAUUUCAGGAUUUAUUUGAAUAUCUCAAGUUUUUUGAUGAUGUACAGUCUAAGAACAGAAGAAAGGCUCAAAAUUCUUACCCAGGAUUCCCUAAAUCAUUUAACAAGAAACGCAAACCGUAUAAAAUUAAUAACUGUAUUCGAUUUGACAAUUCAGAUACAAACCCUUACGUCCGGUGCUUUGGAAUAGAUUAUCAUUCUUAUAUUUUUUCGCACAUCGAAGAGACAGUUCUACUAACAGAAGAUCAUUAUUCGUACUGCACUCCACUAGAAUUUCAGGGUCAACCUUCUGUUGUUUGUCAUGGAAAAUCAUCUUCCUUUUUGGCUUCACCUUAUGCUGUGGCAAAUGUACUGGAUCAUGUCAAUGGGGCCAUGAUGCUUGCUAUGGUAGUUCCUCAAACUAUGAGAAAUAUUGCAGAUGGGGUGCGAUCUGUUUUUAAUUUUUUCUCUCAAAAUUCGAAUACCAAACUGAUAACAAACGCUGAUGAUCUUAUUAACUUAGAUGAAAAAUUGGAAACAUUGCAACAAAAUUUUGAAUUACUGAAAUCAAAUUGCCCUUGUAAUAUGAGGUGGAUCGAAAAUAUUAUAGAAGAUUUGCAUGAAGAUGUUGAACUGUUUCGAAGUGGAUGUAGAUUGAAUAGUUUUCACGAAUUAAUAGACCGCUUAGAAGUUAUAGAUCAGGAAAUUAGAGAUAUUGUUUUGGAAGAAAACUUUCAAUGUUCUAGCUUCAACCCUACAAGCAUACCACAUUUAUCAAAUCUUCAACAAUUUUCGAGAAAUAUGUUAAAUAUUAAUGGAAUAAGUGUUAAGUCAUCAAAUGAACUUUUACUUGCUAGAAACUAAAACUGAAUCAUGUUGGAUUGAAAUCAAGGAUGAAUUAAUGGCUCUCACUAGAAAAAAAAAACUUGAUUAGAAAGAACAACUCGUCUUUUAAGCUUUUUGAUGAUAUUAUACAAAA